AUCUUAGCAAGUGACCUUUAAGAAAAUGAAGUUACUUUUCUCAUUUUUGUGGAAAAAGUUAAAAUAUAUUAGUUUAAGGAAGGCUUGAAGAACAUAUUUCUGUGAACUUAUGAAAUUUAAUAAUUUAAAUCAUUGGCCAAUUCUGUGGGUAAAAUGUUUGGUUUAUAAUAACAUUGAAAAAGUGAACAAGUUUGAAAUAUCUGGAGGAAUUUUAUAUAGCGAUGGCUUACUUUUUCCUGACUUUAAGAAAUUUGUUUUAUUGUGGAAUUCCUUAUCAUGUAAAGUUAAAUGUUUUUGCUCCAAAUAGGUUCACUUCACUUUCCUGCAUGAAACAAUUUUCUGUUGCUCAAAAAUUUAGAGAUUUCCCUUCAAAUAAUUUGAUUAAAGUAGCUAAAAAUAUUUUUUCCAAACAAUGGAGGAAAAAUGUUGCAAAAAAGAAAUCAAAGAUAUAUGGAGGUAUAUUUUGUGUUUGUUUGUUAUCACCCAUAAAACCAUUAACUGUUCUCUGCGAAGCUGAUAUAUCACCUCACUCAAGACUUGUUGGUGUCAACAGUAUUGAAAAGUUGCAUCAAGAAGCUCGAUUUGAUUGGAGAAAGUUUUUUAGCAUUGUGAAAGGGGAAGUUUUAUACAUAUUUUUUGCAGUUGUGAGUGCACUCAUUGUAGCAUUUUUAAAUAUUCAUAUUCCUGUUGCACUGGGAGAUAUGGUAAAUCUGGUGUCUUCUUUUGUGGCAGAUGAAUAUGUAGAAAAGGAUGCUAUUUUGUUUUUCACUGAAUUAAGAGAGCCAACUGUGCGUCUUCUUUAUAUGUAUCUUGCUCAAAGCCUAUUCACAUUUGCCUAUAUUUCCAUCCUGUCUGUCUCCGGUGAAAGAGUAGCUCGUAAUAUGAGAAGGGAACUAUUUGCUUCAAUUAUUGAACAAGAUAUUUCAUUUUUUGAUGCUCAUAAAACUGGAGAAAUUUCAAGUAGAUUGACUAAUGAUGUACAAGAAUUUAAAAGCUGUUACAAACUCUGCAUUUCACAAGGACUGAGAAGUAUUGCUCAGACAGUUGGCUGUGGUGUAUCACUCUAUGUGAUAUCUCCAAAAAUGACUGGUCUUAUGAUUUGUGUGGUUCCUGUUAUUGUCCUGACUGGCACUUUUAUAGGAAGAAUAUUGCGAACUAUGUCAAAAUAUGCUCAGUCACAGAUUGCUCAAGCAACUGCUGUUGCUGAUGAAGCUAUAGGAAAUAUAAAAACAGUUCGUUCAUUUGCAAUGGAAGAUUCAGAAAAAGAAUUAUAUUAUGAUCAAAUAGAUGAAGUGAGAAAAUUGAAUAGCAGGUUAGGCAUCGGAAUAGGAGUAUUUCAAGGUCUAUCAAAUUUAGCUCUAAAUGGCAUCGUUUUAGGGGUUUUAUGUGUUGGAGGAUCUUUAAUGUGCAAUGCUGAAAUGACUCCUGGAAGCAUGAUGGCAUUUUUAGUUGCAACACAAACUAUACAGAAAUCCUUAGCUCAUCUUUCAUUGCUGUUUGGACAGUUUAUCAGAGGUUUGGCUGCAGGUGCUAGGAUUUUCCAGUACAUGAAUUUAUCACCAAGGAUACCACUGAAAGGUGGUAAAAGAAUCAGAGAUGAUGAGCUCUAUGGAGAAGUUAAAUUUAACAAUGUUACAUUUGCUUAUCCCACUCGUCCAGAUCAGGUUGUUUUAAAGAAUUUUAAUCUCACAUUGCCUCCAAGGAAGAUGGUUGCAUUAUGUGGUCUCUCUGGUGGAGGUAAAUCUACGGUUGCUGCUUUGUUAGAAAGAUUUUAUGAUGUUGGAAGCGGAAACAUUUCAAUUGAUGGUUAUGAUAUAAAAUCAUUAGAUCCUAGCUGGUUACGUGGAAAUAUUAUUGGUUACAUUGAUCAAGAACCUGUUCUUUUUGCAACGUCUAUAAUGGAAAAUAUCCGGUAUGGAAGGCCUGAUGCUUCAGACUCAGAGGUUAUUGAAGCUGCCAAACUUGCAAAUGCUCAUGACUUCAUAUGUAGCUUUAAUGAUGGUUAUGAUACUGUGCUUGGUGAAAGAGGAACUACUGUAUCUGGUGGCCAGAAACAAAGAAUAGCUAUUGCACGAGCUUUACUCAAGGAUCCCAAAAUUUUGAUUCUUGAUGAAGCUACUAGUGCUUUAGAUGUGGAAUCUGAAAGGGCUGUUCAAGAAGCAUUAGACUAUGCUGUGAAAGGACGCACUGUACUGGUGAUAGCUCAUCGCCUUAGUACUAUACAAAACGCUGAUGCUAUUGCUGUUAUUACAGGGGGAGUUGUUGCUGAAUAUGGAAAUCAUUCAAGUUUGACUAAGAAGAAAGGCCUGUAUUGGAAACUUAUAAAACAGCAGCAGGCUAAAGAAGAGAUAGAAGAAAGACAGUCAGGAUAACUGUUUAGUUCUGCUGUGAGAAAAGUGUACUAGGCUAUUACUUAAAAAUAUCAUCAGAACGAUGCCAAAACCACAAAUCUGUAAAAUUGAUAUUUUGAGAUGUUAUAAAAAAUAAUUUUAGUGAAAACCCAAACUAUGAAUUUUAUGUAAUAUUGUUUUAUUAAAAGUCCAUCAUUUGCUUUUUA